AUGUCACCUGUUCACUUUAAAUGUAUUCUAAUUAUUCUAACUUUCCAUUUCGUCAUUGUGGAACCCGCGUUGACAGUUUAUCCUGUGAAGGUCGGUGAAACGCUAAUACUUGACAUUGGACGAGAGGUAAAAGAAUGGAAACGCGUUAGAAAUGGAAUCGAAGAAACAAUAAGACCUUGCGGGAAAAAUGAGAAAAAAACUGACGUCUGCAAUGUUUGGAUUACAUCGAACUCAAAAAAAGCGGGCGACGGUCGUGAGCACAUGAAUGAGAAUGGGACGCUUGUCAUUAAAAACUUCCAAUCGUCUGAUUCUGGGGAUUAUUUCUCGAAUGACGAGUUGGAGCGGGUUCACUAUACCGCCGAUGGUCAAAUUUGGAAAUUGGCAAGAUCCAAGAUUGCAGUAUUCCCACUCGACUAA